CCUCAGAUCGCUGGCUGCGGUGGCCGCUGCAGCAUCUUCUUCCUUGUCCGUCCGAGCCCGUUGUCCCUUCUCCCCGCCGGGCGGGGCCCGCAACCACCACGAUGGCCGUGCCCCUGACCGACAGCGAAAAGCGGAAGCAGAUCAGCGUGCGGGGCAUCGCCGGGCUGGGCGACGUGGCCGAGGUGAGGAAGAGCUUCAACCGGCACCUCCACUUCACCCUGGUCAAGGACCGCAAUGUGGCCACUCCCCGAGACUAUUUCUUCGCGCUGGCUCACACGGUGCGCGACCACCUGGUGGGCCGCUGGAUCCGCACGCAGCAGUACUACUACGAGAAGGACCCCAAGCGCAUUUAUUAUCUUUCCCUGGAAUUCUACAUGGGCCGGACUCUACAGAAUACAAUGGUGAAUUUGGGUCUCCAGAAUGCUUGUGAUGAAGCUAUUUAUCAGUUGGGAUUAGACUUGGAAGAACUUGAGGAAAUAGAAGAAGAUGCAGGUCUUGGUAAUGGAGGAUUGGGGAGACUGGCAGCUUGUUUCCUGGAUUCAAUGGCUACAUUGGGACUGGCAGCCUAUGGUUAUGGAAUCCGUUACGAAUUUGGCAUUUUUAAUCAGAAGAUUAUCAACGGCUGGCAGGUUGAAGAAGCUGAUGAUUGGCUACGUUACGGCAACCCUUGGGAAAAGGCCCGUCCUGAAUACAUGCUUCCUGUGCAUUUCUAUGGCCGAGUGGAGCAUACUGCAGAUGGUGUGAAAUGGUUGGAUACUCAGGUGGUGCUUGCAAUGCCUUAUGAUACCCCAGUGCCAGGAUACAAAAAUAACACUGUUAACACGAUGAGGCUGUGGUCUGCUAAGGCACCCAAUGAUUUCAACCUUCAAGAAUUUAAUGUGGGUGACUAUAUUCAAGCUGUUCUGGAUAGAAAUCUGGCUGAAAACAUCUCCAGGGUCUUGUAUCCAAAUGAUAAUUUUUUUGAAGGAAAAGAGCUCCGACUGAAGCAAGAAUACUUUGUGGUGGCUGCUACUCUCCAAGAUAUCAUUCGCCGCUUCAAGUCUUCCAAGUUUGGCUGCCGGGAUCCAGUGAGAACCAGUUUUGAAACUUUCCCAGACAAGGUUGCCAUUCAGCUCAAUGAUACCCACCCAGCACUCUCAAUUCCAGAACUCAUGAGAAUCCUAGUGGAUGUUGAAAAGGUGGAUUGGGAUAAGGCCUGGGAGAUCACCAAAAAGACAUGUGCCUAUACCAACCACACCGUCCUGCCUGAGGCCCUGGAGCGCUGGCCUGUCUCCAUGUUUGAGAAGUUACUGCCCAGACACCUGGAGAUUAUCUAUGCUGUUAAUCAGAAGCACUUGGAUAAUGUGGCUGCCAUGUUUCCUGGGGAUGUGGACCGACUGAGGAGGAUGUCUGUGAUUGAGGAGGGAGACUGUAAAAGGAUUAACAUGGCCAACCUUUGUGUGAUUGGGUCCCAUGCUGUCAACGGAGUAGCAAGAAUUCAUUCAGAGAUUGUGAAGAAUUCUGUUUUUAAAGAUUUUUAUGAACUGGAGCCAGAGAAGUUCCAGAACAAGACAAAUGGCAUUACUCCCAGACGGUGGCUACUGUUGUGCAAUCCAGGUCUGGCAGAGGUCAUUGUGGAGAAAAUUGGGGAAGAUUUUCUCACUGAUUUAAGUCAGCUGAAGAAGCUUUUGCCAUUGAUCAAUGAUGAAGCAUUCAUCAGGGAUGUGGCCAAAAUCAAACAGGAAAACAAAUUGAAGUUUUCUGCCUUCUUAGAGCAGGAAUACAAGGUGAAAAUCAAUCCUUUUUCCAUGUUUGAUGUGCAUGUGAAGAGAAUCCAUGAGUACAAGAGGCAGCUGCUGAACUGCUUACACAUCAUCACACUCUACAACCGAAUAAGGAAAGACCCAGGCAAAUCCUUUGUCCCAAGGACUGUCAUGAUCGGGGGAAAGGCUGCUCCUGGUUAUCACAUGGCUAAGAUGAUCAUCAAGUUGGUUACAUCCAUUGGUAAUGUCGUCAAUCAGGAUCCAGUUGUAGGAGACAGGCUUAAAGUGAUCUUCUUAGAGAAUUAUCGAGUCUCCUUUGCUGAAAAAGUGAUCCCUUCAGCUGACCUGUCACAGCAAAUCUCCACAGCUGGCACAGAGGCCUCAGGCACAGGGAACAUGAAAUUUAUGCUGAAUGGAGCCCUCACUAUUGGAACCAUGGAUGGUGCUAAUGUGGAGAUGGCUGAAGAGGCUGGGGAAGAGAAUCUUUUCAUCUUUGGUAUGAGGGUGGAAGAUGUGGAGGCCAUGGACAAGAAAGGGUACAAUGCCAAGGAUUACUAUGACCGGAUCCCAGAGCUAAAGCAAGUGAUUGACCAGAUCAGCAGUGGAUUUUUCUCUCCUAAGGAUCCUGACUGCUUUAAGGAUAUUGUGAACAUGCUAAUGUAUCACGACAGGUUUAAAGUGUUUGCUGACUAUGAAGCCUAUAUAGAAUGCCAAGCAAAAGUGGACCAGUUAUAUAGGAAUCCCAAAGAGUGGACAAAGAAAGUCAUCAAGAAUAUCGCUUGCUCUGGGAAGUUUUCCAGUGACCGGACAAUCACUGAAUAUGCCAGGGAGAUAUGGGGUGUUGAACCCUCAGAUGUGAAGAUCCCACCCCCUAACAUCCCCAGGGAGUAGCACGUCCUGUCAGUGGGGCGCUGUUGGGAACAGCAGUCUCAUGGAUUCAAGAUGAAAGUGCUUCUGGUUUCUCGUUAACUUUGCACCAAAUGCAGUUUGCAGUCACUUUACCACCAGUGGAUGAGCUUGUCUUUAUAAAAUAGUGUUUCUUAGAGAAGAAAGUGAUGGUGGUGUUGAUGGCUUGAGGGAGAAGAAUGAGGGCAUGAUUUAUGCCUGUGCUUCCAAGUUAGUGAGGUAGCUUAGGUGCUGGGUGCUUUGGGAAUUUGUGCCCCUUUUCUAUUAUUUCCCCUCCUUCCCCCCCCCCAAAAAGCAGCUUUAUGAAGAGAGGAGAAAAUUCCUCAGUAAAAUGAGCAUUUGCUAGAUAGUUACAGGGGUGGGAUGGCCACUCUGCCAGCUCCGUCCUGCUUGCUAGUAUGCAUGGUUCUUGGGGUGCUUGCUGUCCUGGCCCUCUCUCCAGAAGACUCACACACUGUCUUCCAGCUGGUUUGGAUUCUUUACUUCAAGGUGCUGGGAUUCUGCCUUGCAGUGCCUGUUAUCUGUAUGAAAAUGGGUUUGAUGAGACGUGAGAAUGUGCAUUUCAGCAAAAGUUUUGGAAGUACAUGUCAGAUGUAGCAAUGGUUGUCAGGCUUCUUUAAAAAUCAUCCAGGACUAUUACAGUCCCCUUUGUCACACACAUGCACACACAUACAGACACACACACACAGACACACACACACACACGCACACACGCUCUCCUCCCUCCCCCCCAACCCUGUAGGAUCGUGAAACCUUUAAUAUCUCCAUAGCAUUUCAUAGUCUACAUAGUCUUCUCUUCUUUGUGUAUAAAUGAACGGGAGGGGAAUAAUUCUGUCUCUCAAGAAUUGUUUUGAUGUCUGGAUUUUUUUAAAGCCAACUCCAUUGAAAAAAAUCAAGGUCAUGACUAGGAAGAAAAUAAGGAGCAUUUUUUUUCUUUAAAAAAAAAAGAAAGAAAGUACUAAAAGGUGCACUUCUGGCCAAAUCCCAUGGUGCCAACAUGUAAAGAAUGAUAUUUAGCAGACCAGGGAUAUUUGGGGCUCUGAGGGAAGAAGGCCUUUUGCUAAGCAGGGCGGGCUCUGUUGUCUACAAAAAGCACUCUUCAUUCCUUGACAGAUAGAACACUUUAUUCCAGUGUCUAGCUCGCCCAGAAACCCAGAUCCAUGGUUUUAGUCCAGUCGUCUCUGGACCUGGGUAGUGAUCAUGUAACCUUUGUCAUCAGGAAGGCAUUACUGACUUAAGCUGUAAUUUGCCUUAAAGAUUGAGUUAGUAAUGUUGGGUAGGGGUUUUAGAAAUUCAACAUUAAUUAGCAUUAAAUAUUCCCUACUUCCCAACUUUCCUUGUUUCCUACAUCUCUUCCUAGUUGAAGGUGGACAAAGUGAGUCCAUGUUGGUCAAAAAUACGUCCUUAGAACUUAUCAAAGUGCAGAAAGUUCUUACUUGUUCUUCUUGCAGGUAAAACCUUUGCUAUUGCCAAGUGCACACAUUCUCUUAGCAUUGCCCUCAUAGCCUGCAAGUAAACAAAGACAGGUAGAGCUAUAGCUUCAGGUGAGUUCAGGCCAGCAAAGCGAAUAAGGAAACAUGGAGGUCCCCUGGGUCCCCAAAUCACUGCUGUGGUGCAGCUACCAGUCCUUUCUCUGGCAGUUUGCCCACAUUUGGGUGGUUAUAAUCUGGGCUAACAUUUCCUAGACAUGUCAAAAGUAGAACAAGAUGAAGGACAUGGCACCAUGUAGUAUAAACAGACUGUAUACAUCUUUUAAGGACAAGACUGUUUAACUGAAGGUUAGCCUGGUUUUAUUUUUUUCAAGAAAAAAUAAUAAGGAACUGAAACUAUAUUUUUUUCCCUUCUUUACCAACUGAAAAUGGGACUUUUUAGCUUACUAUAAACAAGCUAUUUGCCAUGAAUAAAUUACACUUGUCUGAAUACUGUUGAACCCCACCCAGACACCCAUCAACUGCUACCUGUUCCAUUGGGUGUAGUGGAACAUGUCUUAUGCUUUGACUAAGGACAGUGCAAGUAGGACAAGUGCAAGUCCUGAGGACUCCCUGAGGAGGUAGCUGGACCCCUAGCUUAUGUUGGCUCACAUUUUGGGCUUUUAUCUAAACAAGAUUUGCUUCUCCUCAAUCCAUUUUCUGAGCAAUUGGGUCAUACUAUGUGUUUUCCCAUAGUGGAAAAGGAGAUAAGGUUGAAUGUUCUACCUUUUUCAAACUAAAUAUGAGGGUCCUUGAUUUAGGUCCUACUCUGCUAUUCUCCACCACAUUAUAAUAGAGUGGCAUAAAGAACUGAAAACUGGGGAGAUUGUGACUUGAAAGCAAAUGUGGAGUGUGUCUUUCUUUGUUGUUAUAUUUGCUGAACCACCAAGACCAAAGCAUUCUCUGUUGGUCGUGGAAGUAUAUUGUCCUGUUCUUUGAGGGGAGGGUAAGGGACAGGCCUCCCUGGCUAUGCCAACACUCCAGAGUAGAUCUCAUACUCAUUAAUUUUCCGAAGUAGUGAAAGUCUACAAAGAAAAAAGUAUGGGGAAAGCUGCAGUUAGCCUUUUUGGAUCAUUGGAAAGAGAAGCAGUUAUUUGGAUCAAACUCGGAUUUUAAUUCCUUAAGUGUCAAACUGUUCUUCUUGGAGGCUUCCUUACUUGCAUGUUGGGUGCAUGGAUAGCUGUUGCCUUACUGUGGCUCUAUGUCUUUGUUUUUGAAUAGCCAUUUAACAAGCCAGACCCUCAGUAUGCUAGGCAAUUGAGGUUUUCCUAAUGGGGCAUUUCCUUAGUCAGGAAUGCCUGGUGGGGAGUGUGGUUCCAGGAACUCACUGGGGUUGGUUCAGGAGGGAAAUCAAACCCUGGCUUGGCCCUGGGGCAGAGUCCUAAUGUUUUCCACCCUGGCUACAUCCAAACCCUUGUGUAUACAGAUUCUGUAUUCCAUGAAGCCAGCACUGUAUGUGUGAAAUCACUUUGUCUGUAGUGGAUCACUGUUACUAUCCUUGUGUGUGAGAAACUGAUUAAACAAUUAUGUCAAUGGUUAAUUGGA